CGGGAGUCUCCUGCUGGAUCCCGGAAACGCUUCCCGGCCGCCUCCCGCGCGCCGGGCCGCCUCUUCCCUUCCCUUCCCCUCCUCCGUCCGCCUCAGAAGGGAAGGAAGGAAGGGGGCCCUCUCCCCGAGCCCCGCCAGGGAAGAUGGGCUGCCUCCUCCUGGGACCGGGCCCCCUCCGGCCAGCGAUAUGCGAUGCAAAUAACGUAUGGGAUUUGUGGUCAUCUUUAAGAAGUAGGGACAGGCAACUGAAGAAUGAGGAAACUUGGUGAACAUGCCUGAAGAUAAUAACCACUGGGAAGCUUGUUGAUGGGUAUUUCCUGAAAGUCUUGAACACAUAACACCCAUUGGGCAUGGCGCAGGGCAGCCAGCAGCUUGACAUGCAGGUGCUCCAUGACCUCCGGCAACGUUUCCCUGAGAUUCCAGAAGGUGUGGUAUCUCAGUGCAUGCUCCAGAAUAACAACAACAUUGAUGCUUGUUGUCGAGUCCUUGCACAAGAGAGUAACAAAUAUCUAUACAUGGAGUACCAUAGCCCAGAUGACACCCGAAUGAACAAGAACCGCCUUCUACAUAUUAACCUGGGCAUCCAUCCUCAUACCGGUUAUCAUGGAGGGGAUGGGGCUCAACUUAAUGGUGGUCGUACACUGGUACACAGUUCAAGUGAUGGACAUAUUGAUCCACAACGCACAGGAGGUAAACAGCUAAUAUGUUUAGUUCAAGAACCACAUUCUGCUCCAGCUGUUGUGGCAGCUUCUCCCAACUACAAUCCAUUUUUUUUGAAUGACCAGAAUAGAAAUGCAGCUACACCUCCUCCUCAGCCACCUCAGCAACCUUCUUCCAUGCAACCUGGAAUGAGUACAUCUGCUAUGCAAGGCCCUCCUCCUCCUCCUACAUAUAUGCACAUACCUCGGUACAGCACAAAUCCUAUAACUGUUACAGUGUCACAAAAUCUCCCUUCUGGACAGACUGUACCCAGAGCUUUACAAAUUCUUCCUCCAAUUCCAAGCAAUCCCUAUGGGAAUCCUGGAUCUCUCUACAUAAGACAGACGUCUCAAUGUUCAUCAGGCCGACAGACUCCUACUCAAAGUACGCAGUGGCAUUCAUCGCCACAAGGUCCAGUUCCACAUUACAGUCCACAUCCACUACCUAUCUACCCACACCAACAGAACUAUCAGCCUUCUCAGUAUUCGCCAAAACAGCCCCAGAUUCCUCAAUCACCUUUUCAGUCACCACCGGCUUCUCAGUGUCCUUCUCCUUUUGGCUCACCUCAGCAUCAAGUUCAGCCUACCCAAUUAAGUCAUCAAAGUUCCCAUGUGUUUAUGCCUCCCAGUCCUUCAACAGUGCUACCCCAUCCAUAUCAACAAACGCCCCAGACGUAUCAAAAACCAGGUGGACAUUCAGUAUCUUAUCUCCCAUAUGUUGGAUCCAAAGGCUCGAUGAACAAGAUAGAAAUUACAGUUGAGCCACCACAAAGACCUGGGACUGCAAUUAAUAGGAGCCCUUCUCCUAUAAGUAACCAGCCAUCACAACGGAAUCAGCACCCACUGUAUGCACCUGGUACUCCUCCUUCGAGUUCUCCUUCCAGAAGUAUGUCAGGUCAGCCCAAACCUCCUUAUAGUGUUAAUCCUGUAUAUAUAACAUACACACAGCCAGCUGGACCUGCAGGUGUACUUACUCAGUCCCCCCGAGUAAUGGUAUCUCAGCCAAAUCCAGCAGUUUUUAAAAUCACUGUAGGCCGAGCACCAGCUGAGAACCUUUUAAAUUUAGUGGACCAAGAAGAGCGUUCUGCAGCACCAGAACCCAUUCAGCCCAUUUCAGUUGUACCAGGAUCUGGAGGUGAAAGAGGAAGCCAUAAGUACCAGAGGAGUUCCAGUUCUGGAUCUGAUGACUAUGCUUAUACUCAAGCCUUAUUGUUACAUCAACGUGCAAGGAUGGAGAGGUUAGCAAAAGAACUGAAGUUUGAAAAUGAAGAACUUGAGAAACUGAAAGGCGAAGUGAACGGCAUGGAAUAUGAUCUUAUGCAACGGCGUCUGAGAAGAGUGAGCUGUACAACCUCUAUCCCAACACCUGAGGAGAUGACCAGAUUGCGGAGCGUGAAUAGGCAGCUUCAGAUAAAUGUUGACUGUACUCAGAAGGAAAUUGACCUUCUUCAGUCUAGAGGGAACUUUGACCCGAAAGCCAUGAGUAACUUCUAUGAUAAUAUAGAGCCUGGUCCUGUUGUGCCGCCAAAGCCAUGUAAGAAAGAGUUUAAAAGAAAAUCAUUCUCUGUAGACCAUCAGAACAGUUCCAAGCAAGCUCCACGAUCACAGCCAAGAGACGAAGACUUUGAAGGCGCUCCUUGGAAUUGUGACAGCUGUACCUUUUUGAACCAUCCAGCACUGAAUCGCUGUGAGCAGUGUGAAAUGCCACGGUAUGCCUGAAUCCAUACUGCUUUGGAUUAAAUCCACUCUGCUUUCGAUUAAAAUAAUGGGCUUUUGAGCACACAGCCAUAGAAGGAAAUGUGGGACACCUUUCAGUCCAUCUAAUAGGCAUUUGCCAGCCAAUCAUUUUCAAAUUAUAUGGGAGCUAUUCCCCCUCCCACUCAUGCUGCACUAAAGAUUAGUUUGGGGGGAAAGUACUCUUAUUCUACUGUGGUUAGCAAUGCUGAAAGGACAUCCUAAAUCCAAAACAGAUCUGCUUUGUGAAGAAUGUAUACAGGAAAGCAGGUGAUUGCUGCUGUUCUAGCCCUUAUAAUUACAUUUGCUGGGUAGUAGCCGUUAUAUAUAUUUUUUUAUAAGCAUUGAACUAUUACCUUGUGGUGUGAAGUGUUACAGGUAUCCAGAAAAACUGUGAAGAACCAGAGCUGUUAAUCUGACCACAGUAAACUGGGACACAAAGGCUCCCUGUGCUUCCAGAUUGUAAACUACUGAAGGGGGGAAGGGGUAUCAAAGAGCAAAAAAAAGGGGGGUAUUCAAAAAUGCUGCUUUUUUCAGGGUAAUUUAAGUCUACAUAAUUGCUGUUUUGAAGUUGUGAAUCAUGGUGAGGAGGGAGAAGUACUGUAUGAGCCUUAUUUAUAGAGUACAAUCAGAGGUGAUUUUACAAUCCCUUUUGCUUGUACAGCGCUCACCAAGACUUGUUAACACUGGUAACUAAGUAAUUAUACCAUAUUACAGAGGUAUGCAUGCUUUUAUUAGGCCUUUGUGUUUUAAAGCUAAAAGUAAAGUAUGCUUUUAUAAAUGGCGUUCCCUUCAAACUACUUGGUGACAGUAGAACGGACAUAUGCCAAAUGCAGAAUUAUUCCAAAUUCUCUUUGGAAAACUUGAGCUCAUCCAUCAUUAUGUAUGAGAUGUGUUGCACCCUGUUCCUUAGGCCUUUCAGCUUCCAAUUAUGUGAAGAAUUCAUAAUGUUUACAGCACAGAAGGUACUUUGUGCCCCCAUUCUGAUUUAGCUGAAAACUAGUAAUAUUAGCUCUUCAACAGAGGUUUAUUUGCACAUUGCCAAUAAACCAGUCUGUAUUAACUGCUAUGAGUUGCAGAUCUUGAAAUGUAGAAGGCAUUUCUAUUUCAAAUUCGGUCAAUUGAUGGACACCAAGAACACGCAAAAAAAAAAUUAUAUAUACAAGUACUUUUAUGCAUCUGAUUAUUAUAAACGUGAUGUUGGAUUUGAGUGCUUCACAUUUCUGAAUAAAGCACUCUCUUGUGAAGGUUUGUUGGUUUUUGAAGUAGUCACUCUAAAAUAAAACUGUGCAAGAGCAGCCAGGAUUGUUGUUUUUUUCUCUCUCCUUCUAAUAAAAUAUCGGUAUGGUGUGUUUAAUUUCUUACACAUUUAAAUUAUUCUGCUGCAAGCCCUUGCAAUAUUUGCAAACAGGAAUGUUACACAUCUGGCCAUGUUAAUGUUUUUGUUAUCAAUUGGUAUGUACAGAUAAUACAGAUUUGCUGUUCAAAGUGGAAUUUGAGUGUGAUGCUGAUGUUAAAUUCUUACUGAAGCAAUUUACGAUGAAAUAUCAGGGAGCACAAUGAAAUUAAAAGACUAAGAUUGUUUAAAAUUUUCACAUCAUUACAAAUAUGACCCUUGAAUGUGAGAGAAAGAUUUGAGAAUUAUGCUGCCCCAAUUUCAGCAUUAAAUUAUCAGAUGGGUUUUUUUCUUUGUCUUACAGUAUGGUAAAACAAGCAAUGAAAUAUUUCAUACGAAGCAUUCACUUUGUUAAGUAACAUUUUGUCUGCAGUAAUUCAGUAGCAUUUGUUAUGGUUUCAUACUGAUGCUUUUGCCCUUUUUGAUCAUAAGUUUCUGUUUGGCACUUAUUCUGCUGCCAUUGCAAAUAAAUUAUAGUAAACUACUAAAGAGCAGAAGUGGUAUGCACCAUUUUUUGACAUCAGCAUGACUCCAAGGAUUUUUGGUUGGGGAGGGGACAUUUACAAGGAUUGCAUGUAGCCUAUCAAGUCUGGGUGCAGUUCAUCUUAAGUGUGUGCUUUCUGGAGUCCAGCAGCAUAAUUAAAAUUCCUGAAAAGUCUUUGGUCUAUCCAUGCAGCACUGGAUACACAUGGCUUUCCUAUUUCAUACUGUGAGUGAAAACUGCUCAUAUGUGGAUUGCUCCGUUAUGUGUACACAGUAUUCUCUGAUUCACAGAAGAUAACAGGAAAGCCAUAUAUAUGUACUUAAGCUGGAUCUGUGGAGUCAUUCUUAUGGAGAUCCAGUUCCAUUUUACUCCCAAUUCAGUUGGCAAAGUACAAGAGAAGAUCACACCUUGUGGUGGAGGAGACAGUAGGUAGUAGUCAUGUUGAUUCAAAAGAAAAAAACUUGAAUCAGUUACUAUCUUUUGUUAGUUGUGCAAAAGACUGUUGUUCAUGUUUACUUGUAAAUAUCCUUUCAUUCUGUAAUACUAAUGAUAGCAAUGAAAUUAAUUUAAAUUUAAUUUGUAAGAGUUCUAUAUGGAUAUUAGAUAUCAACUUAUACAUAGAAGCCACUCGGGAAUAGGCGGCUCCAGCCAAAGUGGGCUUACGUUAUGCCAGAGUAAACAUUCAUUGCAUAUAAAUUUUCAUUUAUCUCCUUAUAUCGCUUGACAAUAGAAAAUGCACUGCGAUGUAUACAACUUUGGAAUGUGCACAUCUGAGUGGUGGGAUUUUGAGGCCAUCAUGAUUUUAUAAAAUGCACUACUUUUUAAUAAUAGCUGACUUUUCCUUGCCCAUUGUACUUGAGUAUUCUAUCUCAAUGUUCUUCAAAAUACUUCUGUUUAUAAAUGCCUAUUUUAUAUUUAACUGCUAUUAAGAUACCCCCGUUUCACAUAUAAAAUACAAAAGCCCCUCCAAGUUCUAGUCAAUAGAAUAGCUUGUGGAAAGUUGGAAUGUAGAGAACCAAAAUCAAAUCUAGUGCUUGAAUAUAUGAUUGAACCUCCAAGUUAGCUUAUUUGUGUAGGGAGGGGCUAAGAAGGUAAGAGAAAAUGUUUGUGAAAUAGAUCAAUGGAGAAGUGUGCUUGUGUGUCUAUGGUAUGUAUGUAUUUUUCCUUAUGGAAAUGUCUGAAGCAAGUGUAAUUUUUAAAGAGCUGGUCUCAGUCAUGCUACAGAGUCAUUUUCUCUCUGUUACUGUAUGCUCCAGUUAUGUGCCCUUCCUUCAUCUUUCUCACCUCUUCAGUUGUAAACUUGACUUGGACUUACAUGCUUUGAAAUUAUAGUUGGAAAUUUAAGCAUGUUUUAAAGAGAAAACAAAAAGAUUAAAUAAGCUUAUUAAUGGGAUUGUGUCCUUGGGUUUGCAAGCUUUUAACUCAAGUCUUUUUUUUUUUUUUAGCAUAGCCUGAAAUGUGAAAUCAGUUUACAGUCCAGUAUGAUGCAGCCAGAUGGCUUCUCAUUUCCUCUGUUACUUGCUCAGAUAAAAUGAGUUUACAGAGAGAUGACAAUGUACACAGAAAUAAAUGCAUAUUAUAGUCAA